AUGGGCACAAUUUCUUGUAGUGGUCUCAAUCCGUUCUCAUGUUUGUCCGAGGAAAAGGCAAGGAUGAUCAUCUCACGGGUGAAAAUUUCCUUCUAUAUGGUACUGCCAAGGAGAUUUGAGAUGCUGCAAAAGAAACUUACUCUACAGUUAGAUAUGUUUGAAGAGCACACUUGGGAAAGUCCAAAUGAUGGAAUUCAGUAUAGGCGGAUCAUUGAGAAAAAACGGGUGUUAAAGUUUCUAAUGGGACUUAACAAAGAUUUGGAUGAGGUACGUGGAAGGAUUUUGGGCACAAAGCCUCAAACAAGUCUAAGAGAAGCCUUCUCGAAGGUAAGAAGAGAAGAAAGCCGAAAAAUGGUGAUGUUGGGAACUCCAAACAAUCAGCCCACCACGGAAGGAAUAGCCCUAGCCAUACGCGGCCCUCAACCAAGUAACCCAAAUAGCAGGAUAAAAAAGGGGAGGCCCUGGUGUGAUCAUUGCCGAAAACCAGGGCAUACCAGAGAAGCAUGUUGGAAGCUCCAUGGGAAACCAGCCGAUUGGAAGCCCUCACGCUUAUCUCAUGAAAGUCGCGGCAAUGCCACAUCCUCAACUAAUGAAAAUGGCACUUCUGAACCAGUUCUCUUUAACAAAGAGCAACUUGAACUUCUACAGAAGAUGAUUAGCCAAUCCAUUAGCUCUUCCACUGUCGCUGCGGGAUCCCUGGCUCAGAAAGGUAAUUUCUCAAAAGCCUUAAAUGUUUACAGGGAAAGAAACAAUAUUUGGAUUAUUGACUCGGGAGCAUCAGAUCACAUGACGGGUGAUAAGACUCAACUUAUUGAGUUUAAACCUUGCAAAGAAAAUCACCUAGUCAAGAUUGCAGAUGGGUCUAUUUCAAAAGUAGAAGGCUAUGGUUCGGUUACAAUUUCUGAGACUGACUCGGAUUCGGGGAAAAUGAUUGGCAGUGCUGAGGUGUACUCGGGACUCUAUCUUCUCAAGGGCGACCAUCCUUUGGAGGAACAAGCUCACAAGGCAGUCUCUUUGAGUCAGUUUCACAAAAGUUGUUUUUCAGCAAAUAAGGAUAGUGAGAUUAUGUUAUUACUCUAUCGACUAGGGCAUCCUAAUUUCUUUUAUCUUGAAAAACUGUUUCCUUCAUUAUUCAGAAAUAAAAGAGGAAUGAAUCUUCAGUGUGAAGUGUGUCAGUUUUCAAAACAUAUUCGUAAUUCUUAUCCUAGUCGUCCAUAUAAAGUAACACACCCUUUCUCAAUGAUUCAUAGUGAUAUCUGGGGACCAUCUAAUAUCAAAAAUAUCACUGGGGCACGAUGCCAGGGCAUAAUUCACCAAAGUUCUUGUGUUGAUACCCAUGAACAAAAUGGGAUUGCUGAAAGAAAGAAUAGGCACCUCCUUGAAGUUGCUAGGUCGUUGAUAUUCACUACUCAUGUCCCAAAACACUUCUGGGGAGAAGCUGUCCUUACGGCAGCUUAUUUUAUCAAUAGAAUGUCAUCUCGUGUCCUAAAAUUCCAAACUCCAAGUCAAGUUCUUCUUAAAACAUAUCCAGAAAAUGUUACUUUCUUUGCGGAACAACCCUAUUACACCAAAACCAAUGUUCAGAGGGAGAGUACAUCAAAAGAACAUCAGUUUUGGAAUAUCAUUGAAAACCAACAACCUUCUCCUGCCGAAAGUCCAUCUCAAGUUCCUUCCAUUGUCGAUGAAUCUCCAAAUCUUGUCAUCGAGUCUCCUGAAUCUCCUGUCAAAACUCUACCUCAAAAUCCUCCCGACCCUUCUGCCAAAAAUAGUGAGCUUUGUAUUUACUCCAAGGGAAAUUGGCACCAAAAGGAGACGGCACAACGAGCACUUCCUGAGCAACUCCAUGAGUCUGAACCAACUCCAAGAUCAUGUGAAACAUCACAAGAUAACUCUCAUUCAGACUCUUCUCCUCAUGAGUCACCUGAUAGUCGGCCCAUUGCCUUAAGAAAAGGAGUGAGAUCUUGCACAAAUCAUCCUAUUUAUACCUACUUAUCUUACAGAAGAUUAUCUCCAGAAUAUAGUGUUUUUGUCUCCAGUCUUAACAAGAUACAAGUUCCCAACAACAUUCAUGAAGCCCUGGAGAUACCACACUGGAAGGCUGCCAUUAUGGAAGAAGUUCGGGCCUUAGAGAAGAACAAUACAUGGGAGAUAGUGGACUUGCCACGAGGAAAACGACCAGUGGGCUGCAAAUGGAUAUUCACUGUAAAACAUGAAGCUGAUGGAAGUGUAGAAAGAUUCAAAGCCCGACUAGUAGCAAAGGGAUUCACAGAGUCCCUAUGGUAUUGA